CUUUCAGAAUGUACUGACGCAAGUAGCAGAGCAGUUUUCAAGGGUGUUCAAGAUCAAUGAGCUUAAGACUGAGGUCACCAACCGCCUUGCCAUGUUGGAGAAGAGAGUAGAGCUGGAGGGGAUGAAGGUGGUGGAGAUUGAGAAAUGUUGCAACGACAUUAAGAAGCUCCGUGAGGAGAUGGGAUCCAGAAACAACAGUAAUUUUGUGGAGGACAAUAAGAAGCUGACUCCUCGUAGAGAUGUGCCCUCCUACCCAAAGUACAUGCUGUCACAACAGACCAUAGACGCCCUCAAAAAACCUGCCUUUGAUGUCUGGCUGUGGGAGGCCAACGAGAUGCUGAGCUGUCUUGAACAUAUGUACCAUGACCUAGGCUUGGUCAAAGACUUCAACAUCAACCCUAUCACACUCAAGAGAUGGCUGCUUUGUAUUCAUGACAACUACAAGAAUAACCCCUUCCACAACUUUCGCCACUGUUUCUGUGUCACCCAGAUGAUGUACAGCAUGAUCUGCCUCUGCAGCCUACAGGAGAAGUUUACUCAGGUCGACGUUUUGAUUCUCAUGACAGCUGCUGUGUGUCAUGAUCUCGAUCACCCCGGAUUUAACAACACGUACCAGAUAAACGCCAGAACAGAGUUAGCAGUUCGCUACAACGACAUCUCCCCUCUGGAGAACCACCACUGUGCUGUGGCUUUCCAGAUUUUCUCUCAGCCUGACUGUAACAUCUUCUCCAAUUUUGACCCUGAGGCCUUCAAACAGAUACAACAAGGAACCAUCACACUGAUCCUGGCUACAGACAUGGCACGACACGGUGAGAUCCUGGACUCUUUCAAGCAGAAAGUCGACAAUUUUGACUACACAGAUGAGGAGCAUGUCACCUGUCUGAAGAUGGUGCUCAUCAAGUGUUGCGACAUCUCCAACGAGGUGCGGCCCAUGGAGGUGGCUGAGCCCUGGGUCGACUGCCUGCUGGAGGAAUACUUCAUGCAGAGCGACAGGGAGAAGGCUGAAGGGCUUCCUGUGGCUCCCUUCAUGGACAGAGAAAAGGUCACCAAGCCGACGGCUCAGAUUGGCUUCAUUAAGUUCGUCCUCAUCCCCAUGUUUGAGACUGUGAUGAAGCUGUUCCCACAGAUUGAGGAAGCCAUGGUGCUGCCACUCAGGGAGUCAAGAGACCGAUACGAAGAGCUCAAACAGAUUGAUGAUGCCAUGAAUAAGGUGCAGAAAAAGAAAAGUGAGAACUUGACCAUGGGAGGGAAGAAGAAAUAAGACAUUUCUGAAGAGGUAGGAAAGAAGAGAACCUGAAGUGCACGGCCAGGCCUCUAACUGGGACAAACACAGAUUGUUUUUAUAAUUCUAAUCUGUGUAUUUCAGCAUCAGCGAGUGUAGAGCACCGGUGUGAAGCAGUGUGACAUAAAGUAAAUGGAGUCGUCAGACACACUGGUCCAUUAUGGGCUGAAGGCUUUCCAUCACUGUGUCCUCUCCUCCCUUGUUGUUGUUGAGGAGCAGAGGAGCAACAGGAUGUAUGAUGAGGGAAGAUCAUGGGAAUUUCCAUUCAGUCACAGAAAUGUGAUGGAUGUGAGAUGCGUUACAAACUACUGAUGGACUCAAGGACCAGAUGGACUAUCCAAAGCCUUUUUUAGGGAAAUGUCAACAUUUGUACUGCACAGCCUACUUCAGUGAACAAUAUUUAGAUACAUAUAUUUUAUUGUUUUUUAUUUUAGAUGUGUUGUUUUUUUAUAGAUUGUACAGAUUUUUAGUGACCUUUACUCAUUCCUACAAAAUAAAUAAA